GAGUGCGGCCCUAAAAUUUGCACAUCGUUUGACAUUUGUUCUACUACUGUAUUUACAGCUGCUACUGAUUUCUAUUACGGUAUUUAUCAAUUUUAUCCAAUAUUCCGAGUGAAGCCGGGUAUGGAUUCAACUAGUAUUUUAUAAAAUCUAAAAUGACUUCAAAAUUAAAUCAAAUAAUGUCGAACGUGGAGGACAAAAUUCGUUUCCACUACGUGUGCUACCUGGUCGACAAAUGUAUCGAGGAAAACGGCAGAAAAUUAAAUCUCUCCCGAUCCAAGAUAAAGACCGUCCCACCAGCGCUGGCAGCGUGUACCUUUCUCUCGAAGCUGUCCCUCGAUGGCAAUUUUAUCUCAUCGGCAUCAAUCACGGGCCUUCAUUCGCUGAUUUUUCUCCGCUACCUAACGCUGAACGACAACGAAUUGAGCGAAUUCCCGGAGGAGCUUUGCGAGCUGAAGUUUGUCGAAUUUCUAAACAUUGGAGCCAAUCCGAUAGACCACCUACCCGAUUCCAUCGGCAAAUUGAAAAAUCUAAUUACUCUCUGGUGUAACGAUAUGCUGUUGGAGCAACUGCCGGAGCAGAUCGGCGUAUUGCGAAAGCUCAAAACGUUCGGUGCUCGAAAUAAUCGACUGAAGGCCUUGCCGGAGUCGUUCGGUGAACUGAGGCGCUUGAAGUGGCUUUCAUUGGAAAAUAAUGGAAUCGAUACUCUACCCGGGUCCUUCGCCAAGCUUGCCAAUUUAACCCAUCUGAAUAUGGCACGAAAUCGAUUCAACGGCAUACACACGACAAUUUCGAAGCUUAGACGGUUGAAGUACUGCUCGUUCGAGGAGAAUUUUAUAGAAAAUGUUACUGAGGCUGCGCUGGCAGAAUUGGAUUAUAUUAAGACUCUUCUGCUUGCCGGUAAUCGAAUUGAUUGCACAGUUCUUACGCAGGAGAGGGUGGUGCCCUUUAAGUUCGAUAUUUUCAACGAGAUUGUUACUGAGGAUUGGGAAUUCAGUCUACCAAACAGUGAGUUGAAUUUGCUGGACACUAGUGAUGAAGAAACUUUUGAGGAACCGUACGAAAUGGAACUGCCUCUGCAGGCUCGAUUCUGUUCACCUGCAUAAGAAGUGUGUGAUGAAUUU